GCUCUAAUAGUUCAACGGUCACACUGAUCACAAGCUGAUAUUUCUAUAAAAAAAAAUAGUGCUAUUUAAAAAGCAGCCGCAGUUUUCCGUGGAAAACCCGAAAUACACAGCAGUAUUCUACAGGCACAUUGUCAAGCAAAUUCACAAUGGAGAACAACGAAGCCCCCUCCCCCUCGGGAUCCAACAACAACGAUUUUCCCAUACUUCCGCCACCGCCGAACGCGAAUGACAACUACAAUCAAUUCGGUGACCAUCAAAUCAGGAACAACAAUGCAGCCCAGAAGAAGCUGCAGCAGACCCAAGCCAAGGUGGACGAGGUGGUCGGGAUUAUGCGUGUGAACGUGGAGAAGGUCCUGGAGCGGGACCAGAAGCUAUCGGAACUGGGCGAGCGUGCGGAUCAGCUGGAGCAGGGAGCAUCCCAGUUCGAGCAGCAGGCCGGCAAGCUGAAGCGCAAGCAAUGGUGGGCCAACAUGAAGAUGAUGAUCAUUCUGGGCGUGAUAGCCGUUGUGCUGCUCAUCAUCGUUCUGGUGUCGCUUUUCAAUUGAUACAAUUAAACACACACUCACAGAAAAACAAAAGCAAAGCCAACAAAAAUCAUGUAAUUCCGUUUCCCAAUCAGCAAAGUUAAGGUUCAGAUUAAUCGUUUAACACGUUUGUGUACGUGUACUGGCUCCUACUAUAUACUCCUUAAAUUGUUUAUUAUAUUUUAUAAAAGUCUUAAGCUAAGCAACUCUAAAGCUCUAAAGUGUCCGUUUGGCCGUCUAGUAGUGACAGCGGCAGUGGUGGAGGAAACAAGGCCAUCACCCAAGCACCGCCGCACUAAAGGCCUCCUAGGGAGUGAGGUAAACACAUGGAUACGAAAUGGAAAAGGACCAAACAAACACAACUGGGACGGAAACCUUUCUGGUCUUUUCGCGCAAUGAGAGAAGGGGAGAUGAAGAAAAUCAAAAGGAUAACUUACUAAAAUUGCGUCUAGCAUAUAUUUAACCAGAAUGUAAUUAUUAAAUCUUAAUGUUAAACUUAACAUUUUUACGUGUCGUAGCCGAGACCAGAGGUCCCAUUAAUGUGUAUUGCAUUAUAUACAAUUAUAUAUACGUGUAUAUCAUCCAAUUGAAAAUACAUCAUGCCACCUACACUUU